GGCGCGCCUCUCAUGACUGUUCUUGGGUCCUUGCGUGUAACUGACAGCUCUGUUUCCAUCAUGGCGGCGUCCAGCAGAGAGCAUGUACUGUCACUCUACAGACUGCUUCUGAAGGAGAGCAAGAAAUUCCCCUCUUACAAUUAUAGGACCUACGCUCUACGGCCGGUACGAGACGCCUUCAGGGAGAACCGGACCGCUGAAGAUCCGGAGGUUGUAGAGGAGCUGCUGAACAGGGCCCGGGACAGUUUGGCCCUCAUCCAGAGACAGGUGUGCAUAGGGAAGAUGUUUGAGAUCCAGAAGACGGUCGUGGAACAGGAGGACAAUAAGAGCGACUGAUGUGGCGUAGCAGCGACGGCCGGGUGUUUAUUUCCUGUGUCUUCUCGGGGGUUGAGGGUCUUCUGUCUAUCUUCGAGUCUCGUCUUCAAACAUCUGCAUCAGGCCGGUCUUGAUGGCUUUACGAUUCUGCGUGCCACGAAAUGAGAUAUAAUUGUACAUAAUGUAGUAUUUUUCAUGCUUUUGCGGUCAACGUUACAAUAAAUAAAUGUCAGUUACAUUUUG